AUGUCGACAUCUGGAAGCAGGUUCGAGGAGCUGGACGAAGGCGACACGGUCUCUCGCGGCCCUGCGCAGACCGAAGGAACGGCGCAAGCCGAGGAAUCUGCAGUCUCCUGGUCCAUACGCGAUCUGCUUGAACGGGCGACGUCUCUGAAGGCCAAGGGAAACACCGAGUUUGGCCAGGGUCGCUGGCAGCCCGCGCUCGAGACGUAUCGAGAGGCCAUAGCGGAACUGCCGCCUGCUCCGCCUAAGCCUGCUUCGCCAAGCCUGAAGGGCAAGGAGAAGGCUAUCGAAGACGAUGGUCAGACAGAGCAGAAAGAGGAGGAGACUGCCGGGACUGCCGGCGAGCAGGACGAGGUGAGGGAAUUGAGGGCGAUGUUGUCUGCGAACGUAGCCGCUUGUCUGCUGAAACUUGAGCGCUACAAAGAAGCUGUGACGGCCUGCGAUUCUGCACUCGAGGAAAAGCCUGACUAUGCGAAGGCGCUGCAUCGUCGUGCGCUGGCCAACGAAGCGAUUGGCAGCUGGUCGAGUCUUGAGGCCUCUCUCGCCGACUUCAACAAGCUGGCAACACUUCCCGAUGUUUCUCCCCUUCUUGCCGACCAAUCCAAGGCAGCUCAACGUCGUCUUCCGGAGAAGAUCAGAGCGGAGCAGGAUAAGGAGAAGGACGAGGUCAUCGGCAAGCUGAAGGAUCUCGGCAACACGCUUCUCGGCAAGUUCGGGUUGUCGACGGACAACUUCAAGUUCGUGGAGCAGCCUGGCGGAGGACACAGCAUCUCUUUCCAGCGGUAG